AUGCUCCAAAAAGCUUUAUCGAUCCUAUUGGGAGUAUCAAUUUCUAAAGCCAUCAGACUCAUCUCUCGUUCGCGUAAUGGUAACCAACCUGUUGCUAUUGCUGCUAGCUCUGAAGACGAUGUUAUUUUAACUUCUCCUCCUGCUACCAAGUAUGAUGUGUUCCUUAGCUUUAGAGGAGAAGACACUCGCCACAAUUUUGCAAGUUAUCUUUACAAAGGGCUUCGAAAUGCGGGCAUUCACACUUUUAUGGAUCACGAACUUCGAAAAGGAGAAUCAAUCUCACCGAUUCUUCAAAGAACAAUAGGGGAAUCAGAAAUAUCUGUGAUUAUUUUCUUUGAGAAUUAUGCUUCUUCAACUUGGUGUCUAGAUGAGCUUGUUCACAUAUUAGAAUGCAAGCGUAAAUUUGGAAGGGUUGUGAUACCUGUUUUCUAUAACGUAGAUCCUUCAAGCAUACGCAAACAAAAUGGGAAUUUUGGAAAAGGAUUUGAUGUAUUGGAGCAAAGAUUUAAAGACAACCCAGAAGCAUUGCAAAAGUGGAGAAAUGCUUUAAUCCAAUCUACAAAUCUCUCUGGAUGGGAUUCCCACAGUACAAGACCUGAAUUCAAACUUAUUGAAGAGAUUGUCAAGGAUAUUUUGAGAAAGUUGAACUAUGCGUCAUCAUCUCAUCUUGAAGGACUCAUUGGUAUUGCUCGACAUUUUAGAAACAUUCAGAGGCUUCUAAUUGAGGCCCGCAUUGUGGGAAUAUGGGGUAUGGGCGGUGCUGGUAAGACCACACUUGCUAAAGCUAUACUUCAGGGGUUGAAAGCUCAAUUUGAUGCUUUCUCCUUUAUUGAAAAUGUCAAAGAGCAAUUAAAAAGGAUUAGCUUAGAGAAAAAAAUUCUUCUUAUACUUGAUGAUGUGGACAAUUCAAUAGUAGCAGCAGAUUUAACCAAGGUACUUGAUUGGUUUGGAGAAGGAAGUAGAAUUAUUAUCACAUCAAGGGACAUGCAAGUGCUGAAGAAUGCUUCAGCAACAUCUUCAACAUAUCACGUUCCGGAUUUGGAUUUUGAAGGUGCUUUUCAUCUCUUCAAUUUGAAAGCAUUCAAGCGAGAUGAGCCAUCUAAAGGUUACAUGGAGUUAUCAAAAUCAGUAGUGAAAUAUUGUCACGGAAACCCAUUAGCCCUAUUAGUGCUGGGUUGCUUCCUCUAUGGCAGACAAAAAGAAGAGUGGGAAAGUGCUUUGGAAAAACUAAAUCAAUCUCCACCCAAGGACAUUGUUGAUGUUUUGAAGUUGAGUUUCGAUGGACUUGAUGACAAACAACAAAAUGUGUUUCUUGACCUAGCAUUCUUAAUCAAGCAAGGAGUUCAUAUUUCUUUGAACCUAUUGAGACAAUUAUAUUGCUCUUCUAUGCAUAUUGAGAUAAGUGUUCUAAGAGAAAAGUCCCUCAUUUCAUUUAAUAAUCAUAAUAAUUUCAUUGAGAUGCAUGAUCUUCUGAGGGAAAUGGGCCUUGAAAUUUCAAGCCAACAAUUGUAUUCUAGUCGCAAAACCCUUGUUCGACUAUGGAGGCACGAGGACAUUUAUCACUUUUUCCACAAUGACCAGGCGGUUGAGGCAAUUCGAUGCAUGUCAUUGGAUGCAAGCAAGAUAGAAAGCAUCACAUUGAUGGCUAGUCAUUUUCGAAGGAUGCAUUAUUUAAUGUCCCUUCAAGUUUACAAGUCAAAUCAGGGAAAGCCUUCAAAGUUGAAUAUUUGCAAAUCGUUGGAUUAUCUUUCUAAAGAAUUAAGGUUUCUCAAUUGGGAAGAAUAUCCACUGCCAUUUGUGCCAUUACAAUUUUGUGCUAAGAAUCUCAUUGAACUUGAAUUGCCUAACAGUAAUAUCCAACAGCUUUGGGAUCAGGUGAUGGUGUGCAGCAAGAUCAUGUAUGGCAUUGGAUUUAAGCAUGUGAAAAUGCCAUUGAAAGAGACAGCAGAAGUCAUGACAAUGGGAAUACAAAGUUUGGCGACUUUACUUCCAUUUGUGAGGAUAGUUGAAUGUGUCUGCUUUGCAAUUACUGUGAGGAUGAGGGGUGAUAGAGGCAAAAGGGGUGUGGAAGAUGAUAAAGAAGAGGAUGAGGAUAAGAGAGAAAUGAUUAGUGAGAAUGAAAGAGAAAUGAGUAGUAAGGGAGAUCAAGUAGGAGAGAUGACAUUAUUAUUAAAGGAAGAUGAACAAGAAGAGGCCGAUGAGGAUGAUAGUAAGAUGGACGAUACAUUAUUAACAACACUACUUAUUCCCAACACCAUCCCUCGCUGGUCACUAUUGAUUCGACUGACAUUAAAAGAGGGUGAUAGUAUUGGGAAUAAUAAUGCAGGUUGUAGCAGCAUCCCUCAAGUUUCAAUAUUCCGCAAAUCACUUAAUGAAGAUUGCAGGGCAAGGAUUCAGCCUCUUUUAGGAGUACAACUCUCUUCCCCAAUAUCCCCUUUACCUCAUCAUUCUUUCGGAGUCUUUUAUAACUACUCGAGGAGCACGCUAGAACAUCCUCAUUUUCUUGUUUUCGAAAGUGGAUACAGGUCAAGUGAUUAUUUCUGUGGUAAUGACUUAUUUGUUCGCUUUGGGAACUACUGGUGA